AUGGCUCAACAGCCCCCCUCCACCGCCACCAGCACCGACCUGUUCGAGAACUACGUCUACUACGCCGCAGAGGCAGCCAGACUCGCCCGCACCGCCUGUCAAGAGCGCACUCAGCUCGCAGCUCGCGUCGAGGCCCUCGAAGGCCAACUCGCUCUCGCCAAGCUCGGUCAUGUCGAGCAACAGAUAAAGGCGCGCAACGCCCAGAAACAACUCGAUAUCGUCGGCGGCGACCAGAUCGUCUACUGCGUCCUCGACGGCGACGGCUGCAUCUUUAACCGCACUCUCGUCGCCAAGGGCCGCGACGGCGGGCGCGAGGCCGCCAUCCUCCUCACCAAGAGCAUCGACGACUAUGCGUCGAGCCGCGGCAUCAAGGGCCAACUCACCAUGGUCGUCCACCUGUACCUCAACAAGGCCGGCCUCGCGCGCGUCCUCCAGACGUGCGGCAUCGCCGACGAGGCCACCUUCUCGGCCUUCCUCGUCGGCCUCAACGCGGCCCACCCGCUCAUCCUCGUGUCCGACGUCGGCCCGUCCAAGGAGGCGUGCGACGCCAAGCUCACCCAGACCCUCAAGCUGUACGCCAAGCUCCCGUCGACCAAGCUCGUCCUCGCCGGCGCCGCGCACGACGGCGGCUACGCCCACCUCUUCUCGUCGCUCGAGACCGAGGCGCCCGUCCUGUUCGACAAGGUGACGCUCCUCAAGAGCUACGACGACCUCGCGUUCGAGCUCAAGCGCCUCAACCUCCGCACGACAACGUUCGACGGCCUGUUCGAGAACAAGAAGCUCGUCGCGCACGGCAACGGCAACCAUCACCACUCGGCGGCGGCGUCGGGCUCGGGCACGCCGGCAGGCCUGCAGCCACCUCAGCUCCUCGCGACGCCCCGCAAGUCGUCGCCCGCCGUCGUGCAGCACACGACGCCGGCGCAGGUCGCCGUCGCCUCGUCCUCCUCGUCGACCGCGACGCCGACGUCGGCCAAGGCGCCCAAGACGCCGCGCUCGCUGUCGGCCAAGAUGGCCAAGCUGUCGCUCGCGGCGGCGGCCCUCGCGCCACCUGUCCCGAUCGUGUUCGGCGACACGGUCGAGGCGCAGGACGAGGAGCUCAAGAGCUCGAAGAAGAAGAAGCUGCGCGAGAUCGACCCGACCAAGCCGCUGUACAAGCAGGCGUUCGGCCCGCCCUGCAACCGCCACUACCUUCUCUCGCCCUCGUCCCCCCUGUACUGCGCCUCGUCGACCUCGGCCGCGCCGUGCAAGUACUCGCACGCCUACGCCCUCACGCCGCAGCAGCUCGCGACGCUGCGCACCGACGCGGCCAAGUCGCCGUGCUUCGCCGCGCUCAAGGGCCGGAUCUGCAGCGACGAAGCGUGCUUCGCCGGGCAUGUGUGCCCGAGGGGCGCGAGGUGUCUGUACGGCUCAAAGUGCAAGUUCAACGCGCCGGGCAUGCACCCGCCGGGCACCAAGGGCCGCAGCGAUGGCUGGGCGUGGCGCGGCGACCUGUACGCCGGCGACGGCGCCGCGCUCGCCGGCUCGGGCCUGCCGCGCAAGGGCCCGGCGUACGAGGUGCGCGAGUACGGCACGACGUCGGGCAGCGAGGGGUACGAGACGACGAGCAGCUUGGACUGA